AUGCAUGCAGACGCCGCUUCUACCUCGCGUGUAUGGAAAGGCAAGGCCAGACAGCAGCCCGUCCGCAGAGAAGGCCCCGGCGGAAAUGGCGGCGUCGUGCUGCCUCUCCAGCUUCUCUCGGGCUCUCCCUACGAGUCUGUGUACACCCUCUCCGUCCUCGUGGGCCCCUCCCGUCAGAACCUUUCCCUCCAGGUCGACACCGGCUCCGCAGACCUCUGGAUUGCAUCCAAGUCAUGCUCCUCAUCAUCGUGCAGCCAGACAGGCGGGCACCUCUACGACCCCUCCUCCUCAACAUCGACCGGCCAGACAUUCGACAUGACUUACGCUGAGGGCCAAGUCAUCGGGCCCAUCGUGUGGGAUACGGUAGACGUAGGCGGGUACACCAUUACGAACCAGGCACUAGCUGCCGCUUCGACCGUCAAUGAAGAACCUCUAGAAUCCGAGUUUACCGGUAUCCUAGGCCUCGCCCUGCCCCUCGAUUCCGAGAUAGCGCAACAGGUCCCACAAGAAUUCACGAACAACGCAGAUGGCGCGGCGUUUGCCUCUAACCUGUUCAGCAUGACUCCGAAUGACACUGCACCCGCCGAGCCCUUCAUUUCUCUUGCGCUUGAGCGACCCGGCUCCAGCGCCGUACCCUCGGUACUGGGAAUCGGUCGACAUCCAGAUGCGGUGGUGUCCGACCCCAGCACGAUCCACUAUGCCAGUCUGGUUACUGAGCGGGUUGGUGCGCUGUACUGGGAGGCGAGCGUCCGAGGUAUCACGGUCUGGGUGAAUGGCGAGCCGAAGGAGGUCACGCUGGGCGAGUCGGUGUCGGGCCUGGCGUAUCCCUCCGCGGUGCUGGACUCGGGGACGCCUGUGAUCCUUGCGUCGCCGAGCAUUGCGAACGGCAUCUACGGCGCGCUGGGAAUAUCGCCCACCUCCGACGGAACGUACUACGUCCCGUGCACGAUGCCCAUCAACAUGACGAUCACGCUCGACGACCGGCCGCCGAUCGCGCUGCACCCACUGGACUUGUCGUACCCGCCCGAUAGCGGCGCCACGGUGUGCACGGGGAUGAUCCAGAACGCGGCGCUGAUCGGCGCGUCGAUCUCGCUCCCGGACCUCGUUCUCGGUGUGCCGUUCCUGCGCAGCACGUACACAGUCAUGGCGUACGAGCCACCCGACAGCGCGGGCGCGUUCCUCCCGAACGACACUGUGCAGGCGGCGGGCUACAUGACGAACCCGCGGCUGGGCCUGCUGGGUCUGACGAACGCGACGACGGCGCUGCAGGAGUUCACGACCGUGCGCGUGAACAACCAGCCGCUGGAUCCCACCGCGCAGGGCAGCACGCCUGCCUUGCCAACACACCAUAAGCUGUCGGUCGGCGUCGACGUGGUGCUGGGCUGUGUGGGCUUUUUCGUGCUGUGUGGGCUCAUCUUCGGUGCGCGGUGGAUGUACAUGCGGCGGCGCCCACGUCUGCGCUCUCUGGAGGCGCUGCGCGAUAGCGGCAGCAAGGGCGACCUUGCGGACGUCGCGUACAUCCUGGCGCGGCGCGGGAGCAUGACGGAUCGCUACAGCACGUCCGACGACACGGCCCGCGCGUCGCGGUACUCGCAGUGGUCCCACCGCGCGGACGUCUCGUCGCAGUACACCACAGACACGCACCGCAUGUCGCACUUCUCCGACUACGGCGCCGCCGCGGUGCUCCCUACCCAUGCAGAGCAGGACGCCGCCCUCCGGUACACGGACACCACGCUCGUCGCCGACCCCGACGCCGCCGACGAGUUCGGGCGCGCCGCGGGCAAGCUCAGCCCGCCCCCCGGCUCUGGCUCCCCCGGCUUCCCCACCGGCGCGGGCACGGGCUCGAUCUUCGCGCGCCAGCAGGACCAGCGCUACUCGCUCACGCUGCCCGGCUCGCCGCCGAACUCGCCGCCGUACAUGCACCGGUUCCUGCCGGGCCGCCCGGGGCCGUGCGCGGCGCCGCCGCACCGACGCACGGCGAGCGACGACAGCGCGGUGGCGGUGCCGCUGCUCGAGCGCGCGCGCUCGGAGGACGUCACCGAGGGCGCAUGGGCAGACGUGCGCGCGAGCAUAGGCUCGAGCGCGGGUGCGGGCUCGCCGCGGGGGACGCUGGCGAGCCUGCCUGUCGUGGAGGGCCAGCCGCGCGUGUUCGCGGCGCUGUCUGCGGACCCGGGUGCGCGCCCAUCGUCGGCGCGCUCCGACGGGCCAGGGUCAUGACAGCCCCUGGUUGUUGUGCCUGUCUCUGAUUUAUCUCGUUGCUCUGCAGGUGCCGGGGCCUGCUGCUUUUUGUUUCGCUCAUGGGUCUUACGGGUCCACCACAUCUCUCGCUACAGCCAGCCAUCGAUGUCCGCGGACUCCCACACUGCUGCUGCUACAGCUCGUUGUCUUAGUGUACACUACUGUCGUUGGCCGAUUGGACGCUUUGCCUGCCUUCGUUUACGAUACUGACCCCGCGCACGCCGCGCUUGCCCUAUUAAAGGAACCACACACUACGCAUGUACUGUAGUCUGUCUGCGUCAUCUCCAUAAGCUAUUUCAUCUGGAUGCAGUCUGCACUU